AUGUCAUUUGAUAGACCAGAGAUCUACAGUGCUCCUGUGUUGCAGGGGGAGGCGCCUAAUGACGACGAUAACACGGAGAUAAUCAAGUCGUUCAAGAAUUUCAUCCUGGAGUUUAGAUUGGAUUCGCAUUUCCUUUAUAGAGAUCAACUUCGAAAUAAUUUGCUGGUCAAGAGGUAUUCCCUGACAGUGGAUAUGGAACAUCUUAUCGGUUAUAACGAGGAUUUGUACAAGAGACUUUCCGAUGAGCCGUCUGAUGUGGCACCUCUGUUUGAAAGCGCGAUUACGCAGGUUGCCAAGCGGAUAGCAAUGUUGACCAAGACGCCCCGCGAGGAGCGUGGUGGUGGCGGAGCGGAGGGAGAGGACGAUUUGGAUCUGGGAGCGUUCCCAACUUUUCAACUUGUGCUGAACUCCAAGGUUAAUGAAACGUUACUGAGACAGCUGGACUCGGAGCACGUCUCCAGGAUGGUGAGGAUCUCCGGGAUCAUCAUAUCGGCGUCGGUUCUCUCAUCACGGGCGACGUAUCUUUCGUUGAUGUGUCGGAACUGUAGACAUACGACGUCAUUGCGGAUCAAUAAUUUCAAUUCGAUCGGCGGCGGCUCAGUGAGGUUGCCGCACUCGUGCUUGUCUAAUCUGUCUAGUGGGAUGAACGAAAAUGGGCUCAUGGGCUCCACCGACGAUGAGGGAAGAAAAAAUUGUGGUCCAGAUCCUUACAUAAUUAUUCAUGAGUCGUCACAAUUCAUUGAUCAGCAAUUCUUGAAGCUGCAAGAGGUCCCCGAAAUGGUCCCCGUGGGUGAGAUGCCUCGUAACAUUGUGAUGACCUGUGACCGGUACUUGACCAAUCGUGUGGUACCAGGGACUCGGGUUACUAUCGUUGGGAUCUAUUCUAUAUAUCAGUCCAAGAAAAAAGCAGCCGGCGGAUCAGGUGGCGUGGCCAUCAGGAAUCCCUACAUCAAAAUCUUGGGGAUACAAACGGAUCUGGAGACAGCAGGUAUGUGGAACUCGAUGACAAUGUUUUCAGAAGAGGAGGAGGAAGAGUUUUUACAGCUGAGCAGGAGACCGGAUUUGUACGAGCUGUUCGCCAACUCGAUCGCUCCUUCUAUUUAUGGUUCGAAAGAUAUUAAGAAGGCAAUUGUGUGCUUGCUGAUGGGCGGUUCGAAAAAAUUACUUCCAGACGGUAUGAGGCUGAGAGGUGACAUUAACGUUCUUUUACUUGGUGACCCCGGUACCGCAAAAUCCCAACUGUUGAAAUUCGUCGAGAAAGUUUCACCCAUCUCUGUUUAUACUUCAGGUAAAGGUUCGUCAGCGGCAGGUUUGACUGCUAGUGUUCAGAGGGAUCCCAUGACCCGUGAGUUUUAUCUAGAAGGCGGUGCAAUGGUCUUAGCUGAUGGUGGUGUCGUUUGUAUUGAUGAGUUCGAUAAGAUGAGAGACGAAGAUCGUGUUGCGAUUCAUGAGGCUAUGGAACAACAGACAAUCUCUAUAGCAAAAGCUGGUAUCACGACCGUCCUAAACUCGAGAACAAGUGUUCUAGCGGCAGCAAACCCUAUCUAUGGUCGUUACGAUGAUUUAAAAUCUCCCGGUGAGAAUAUUGAUUUCCAGACCACUAUUUUGUCCCGUUUCGACAUGAUAUUCAUUGUCAAGGACGACCACAACGAAGAAAGAGAUAUCUCGAUUGCAAAUCACGUAAUGAAUAUUCACACUGGGCGCUCCACGCAAACAGAAGGAGAAUUGGAAAACGCCGGCAUGGAAAUUAGCAUGGAGAAAAUGAGACGCUACAUAACGUAUUGCCGGCUCAAAUGUGCUCCCAGGUUAUCAGCACAGGCCGCAGAGAAGUUGUCCUCCCAAUUCGUCAACAUCAGGAAGCAAUUGCUUAUCAACGAACUAGAGUCCACCGAAAGGUCGUCGAUCCCAAUCACAAUUCGUCAGUUAGAGGCCAUAAUCCGUAUAACGGAGUCUCUAGCAAAGUUGGAACUGAGCCCGGUAGCUCACGAGCGACACGUUGACGAAGCGAUACGGUUAUUCCAAGCGUCUACCAUGGAUGCGGCUUCCCAGGACCCCACCGGCGGCUUGAAUGGCACAAAUCUCAUGGCGGAAAUACGACGUAUUGAGCAGGAAUUGAAAAGAAGACUGCCCAUUGGGUGGUCUACUUCCUAUCAGACAUUAAGAAGGGAAUUUGUCGAUACCAAUAGGUUUUCGCAAAGCGCUCUGGACAAGGCUAUCUACGCCUUAGAAAAGCAUGAAAUUAUACAACUAAGAUAUCAAGGUCAGAACAUCUAUCGAUGUGGUGUGUAA